AUGGUCGGAAGCAAGAAAAGGAAGGAUGAUGACCCAGGCAGAAAUCAGCACUCGAAUUGUCAACUAGAGAGCAGGUUUCAUUCUUACACUCCUAUGAACACGACUCCCAAGCAAGUCCUCAUGGAAGUUCGUGAUAAAAGGAUCUUGAAGUGGCCAAGCAAGAUGAAAGCCAACGCCGACAAAUGGGACAAGCGGAAGUACUACCACUACUACCGCGACCACGACUAUACCAUCGCCGACUGCUUCGAUCUCAAGGAAGAGAUCAAGUCCCUUAUUCGUGACGGACAUUUGAGGGAAUAUGUCUAUAGGAAAAGAGACGAAAGACCAGACCAGAGAGACGAGCAACAGGGUAACAAGGAUGAUGUUGAUGGUGGUAGCAGCACGGAGCAUCAUGUCAACUUUGCAUAUAAGCCUACCAAGGAACAGAGGCUGAAUCCCUGUGGUUUGACUUUUACGAAGGAAGAUGCUCGAGGAAUCCACCACCCGCAUGAUGAUGUACUGGUGGUGACCAUGACAAUGGUCAACCACAUGGUGCACCGCAUAUUGGUGGAUACCGACAACUUGGUUGCCAUCCUCUUCGCUGUUGCUUUCGACAAGAUGGGGAUCGAAAUGUCCCGGCUACGUCCCAUAGGAACUCCAUUGCUCGGGUUCGCAGGAGGUAGGGUUACCUCUGAGGGAAGUAUACUAUUGCCUGUGACCGUGUGA